AUAGCUGAAUUUUUGGGGCUUCCUUAUGUGCCUCCUUACUUUGGAUCCAAAAAUGGAAACUUUGAGAAAGGAGUUAAUUUCGCGGUAGUCUCAGCAACGACAUUGAACAGUUCUUUUCUCGAAGAGAGAGGCUACCAUCCUCCGCACAAUAUCAGUUUAGAAGUUCAGAUUAAGAUCUUCAAAGAGAGUUUACCAAAUCUAUUUUGCAUGCCAUCAGAUUGUAGAGAUAUAAUUGGCAAUGCUUUGAUUCUCAUGGGAGAGAUUGGAGGGAACGAUUAUAAUUUGCCAUUGUUCGAACUGAGACCCUUAGAAAAGGCGAAAGAGCUUGUUCCGUUCGUCAUUAGUACUAUUUCAUCUGCAAUUACGGAGUUGAUUGGUAUGGGGGGAAGAACAUUUCUGGUGCCCGGAGAGUUCCUUAUCGGAUGCUUGGUAGUAUAUUUGACAUUAUAUCAAACAUCAAACAUGGAAGAAUACGAUUCUUUUGGAUGUUUGAAAUGGCUAAACAAGUUUGGAGAAUACCGCGACGAACAACUUCAGGCAGAACUCAAUAGACUCAAGAUACUCAACCCUCAUGUAACCAUCAUAUAUGCUGACUAUUACAAUGCUUUGUUGCGGCUUAUCCAAGAACCAACCAAAUACGGUUAG